AUGACGACCUACACCUGUCGCACCUAUUAUCUUGAUGACAGAGAUCCAUUUGAUUACACAAAAUCCGGGUUUUUGGAACCUCCGAAGCCACCCAGAUUUGCUUUUCUUACCGAUGUCUGUUUGCGAACACAACUACCAGGACUUCAUAAAAUUUUGGAAGCUCCGCAUCAAAUCGAAAAUUGUGUUUUGCAAGUCUACCGAUUUGGAGCUGAACAAAAUUACUUCGGCACCUACCUAGACAUGGAUUCCACCCUUCAGGAGCAGUGGGAGGAAAUAAAGGGUGUCACGGACGAAGCUGACUCAAUUGCGAUCGUUUUGCGUACAAAAUCCAUCGUUCGUGUUCAAGCCAUCAUAAAUCGCCUCUACUCCGCAAAGGGUCAGGAGCUCCGAAGAGCCCUUUAUUCCCUGAAACAAAUAUUUAUGAACGAUAAGGACCUCGUUCAUGAGUUCGUCACCCACUCAGGUUUGACGUGCCUUGUCGCAGUGGGCUCCCAGUCGGAACACACUCACCAGAACUACAUCCUACGAGCUUUGGGUCAACUCAUUCUCUAUGUGGAUGGGAUGAAUGGAGUGAGCGAGCACCCAGAAACGAUACGGUGGUUGUACUCCCUUCUCUCCUGCAAGUUCUCGCUGGUGAAGAAGACUGCCCUUCACCUCCUUUCCGUGUUUGUUGGCUACGCGGAUACCAAUGCUAACAUCUUCGUGGAGACCGUUGACGACUUCCACAGGUCCUCAAGUAAGUUCACCUUUGCCAUUGACCGUGGAAUUCUCAACAACAAGGUUAUGCAUUGGCAAAUGGGACAGCAACCUGAGAAGAGGAACGGAACCCUUCCCUUGGAUUUUAAAAACCUCCACCUCAAUAACUCAGACGUAAUUAAAAGCAACGGUAAACCCUGGUCCUACCUCAUUGACCUCCUGCAAAAUGAAUCGGGAGACUUGGAGUUCAGUCGGCUGACAAUGCUGUUGAUUAACAAGGUUCUGGCAGCAGUUCCAGAUCAGGAGACGUUCUACGAUAUCACAGACUGUUUAGAGGAUCAAGGCAUGAAAUUGAUCUCGGAAAAACUUCUUAAAGAGCCCACCACCGACCCUAUUCUCGUGGAACAAUUACGAAUCUAUGAGGCCAGUUUAAUCUUCGAGGAUGGUGGGUCGAGGAGUCAAGUGAAUCUGGGCGAAAAGUCGUUGGACACUAUACGCCAAACUCCACGACCUAGUAGAGCUGAAUUGGCUGGCAAACCCACGGAGACGGUGGCUUCGGAUACACCAAGAAAGCGUAGAUCUCGACGUUUCCAUCCCGAUGAAAGUGGCACUGUUGUCAACGGAUUUGAGGAAAGAAAAACUCACGCGCGUCGGGUGACUGACAAAAUAAUCGCUGACUCUCGAAGGCACACCGCAGAGCUUCAACGCCAGACCGUGAGAGAUCUGUAUGAAAACCUAAUUGUCAAUGAAAGUCCUGUGGAAGAGGAGCCGGGAGAAGAAGCCUUUUCUUCCACCACACCCCAAAAAGAAGCAUCACCACAACUCCAACCACAACCACUGCCAGAAGAAAGGAAGGAGGUGACAGAAGUAAACAGCGAUAUAGACGACAGCCCCGCCGAACGCUACAUUAGCGUUACCACAGGUAGUAGUGAGGACACGGACAAGGUAGAAGUUGUGCGGAAGGAGGCGCCUAAAUGCAGUGCUCUGGUGCCCUAUUCUCAACAAUGCUCCUCACGGUUGAGUGAUCUUGUCCACAAAUUCGAAGACGAAAAAUCGGGAGAUGUGGCAAAAGAGAACACAGCAACUUCCAACGACUCUUCCGCGCUGCCUGAGCUAAAACCAGGAUUGAUUUCCGCCACUAAAGAGAAGUUGGCAGCCACAAUCGGCCGCUUACCCACGGGUCCUGCACCAGCAGCAGCAACUGAUGCUGCUGUGGAGAAGGUAAUUUUUGCUCUAGAACCUAGUGGUGAACUUUUUUCUGCUAUUCUACUUGGGCAAAUAUUAUCACUCGUGCAAGCGCAAGAAAAACCAGAACCACCAAAGUUAAAGGGUGUGGACUACUUUUGGAUGGACCACGAGAAGAAGGUGACCUCACGACCACUGCGAGUGAAGGAUAGGGAAUUUCAAGACCUCGAGAGCUCAGACGACGAAUCGGCGCCAACUUCAGCGGGUGGCACAAAAGUGAAUGGUGGAAUUCCACCACCACCACCGCCCCCACCGCCUCCUCUCCCUGGGAUUGGGGGUCUUCGUCCCCCUCCGCCUCCACCACCUCCCCCACCACCCACACCUGGUGGUAUUCCACCACCUCCUCCCCCUUUUGGUAAAUCCACCUCAACCAACAGUCUCCUUAGCAGUCUUCCACCUCCCCCGGGGGCGCGCAUCCAGAAACAGACCCGUACUAUGCGUCUUCAUUGGACAGAAUGGGUGCCCAAGCCUAAGGAUGUCGAGGCCCUCACCAAAGCUGCUAAAUCAAGCAGCAAGGAUAGGGUAGACUUCAAGGUCGCAAAAAAAGCACCUCUCAAUCCUACAGAUAAGGAUGAGGAGACCAAAAAGUUUGUGGAGGAGUUGAAAACCUCCACUAUCUGGAGUCAUGUGGUUCCAGUGACUCUGGAUUAUAAGCAUCUGGAGGAGUUGUUUGAGAAUAAAGUGACAGAAAUCAAAGUCAUGAAGCACGACACAGCAAAUAAGAAGAUUGAGAUUCUUGAUAUAAAGCGCUCCAAUGCUAUCAACAUCGGCAUGAAGGUCUUGCCACCACUGCGAACCAUUAGCAGUGCAUUGAUCAAGAUGGACUCCUCGGUGAUCAAUCGUGAAGGCAUCGAGCAACUCCUCAACACCAUGCUGCCAACCGAUGAGGAGCGGGAGAAGAUCAUGGCUGCCAAACGCGAACACAGUGAUAUUCAGCUGGGCAAAGCUGAAGAGUUCCUUUUAACGCUUUCUGAAGUCUCCCAUCUUAAAGCUAGACUAGAGUUGUGGCUCUUCAAGCUUGACUACGAGACGAUGGAGGCAGAUAUUGUCGAUCCUCUGACCGAUCUCAAACAAGCGGUGUACGAUAUCCAAGAAUCUCAGACUCUUCGAUGCAUUCUCUCUGUCAUACUCGCAAUGGGAAACUUUCUCAAUUCCAGUGAGUCCUGGGGCUUUAAUCCAGAGUAUUUGGACCGACUUCCAGAGGUGAAGGAUACCAAACACAAGCAUAGUCUCCUUCACCACGUCUGUCAGACAGUCCUUGAACUCUUUCCCGAAAGCACAGACUUGCACUCAGAGAUGGGCGCUGUAUGUCGAUGUCAUCGGGUGGAUUGGGACGAGCUGGACAAGAGAUUAGAGAAGGUGGAGAAUGAUUGUCGACGAGCUUGGGAGCACUAUCAAACUAUUUACUGCAACACAAACCGCAACUUUGUGAUCAAUAACAAGUUGGCCGAUUUCAUAGCAGAUGCUGCUGACAGGAUAAUUGCGAUGAAGAUUGUCAAACGACGAACUGUAAAACGAUAUCGCCAGCUCCUCAAUUACUUGGGUUUCCCUCCAGCCCGAGCUGAGACCAUGGCUAUAGGUCACUUCUGCCGCAUUCUAGCUGAGUUUUCUCUUGAAUAUCGGACCACACGGGAACGAAUUCUCGAGCAGAACGCGAAGAAGGCAAAUGACCAGGAGCGCAAGCAAACUCGCGGCAAGCUCAUCGAUGACGUCCUCACCAUGGACGAUGGCUGUGUCCAUGCGACGCAUAACGUACCAAAAAUCCGCACAACUCCUCCAGUAUCAAAGCAACAGGCGGCUGACGAUAUGGAAUUACGGCAGGUGCUUUCGAGUAGACGCGAGUCUAGUGAGUCCUCUUAUCCCUUCUUGCCUCGAUUGGGACCGAACACUCGUCGCAUGUGUAAUAGCUCGACUCUCCUUGCCAACUCAAAGCGUCAUCGCGAGCGCGGUAUAAGCCCUUGUUUACCCAGCUCAGUGCUGGAUGUGACCGGACGAAAUGAUCGCGAACAUCGUGAAGGCAGUGUCCUACUUGACGCCUGUGAUCGUGCCUCUUCUCUCGCCCCUUCUGGUGGCACACUUGGACGACGUGGUCCCUCUAAAGAGCGUCGACGUGUGCAAGAACGUACUCGACAAGCCAGUAGGUCGCUUUUUAUAAGUAAACGUAGUCACACUACUAUUUAA